UACUCGGGUAGUUUGGCUUGAACAUCGACGUGUACAGUUCUUCCCGCAGCUGUGAACAGCUAUGCUUCUGAAUACAUCUUUAACCACCUCGCUCCUUUGGACAGUAUUAAAAGGACCACGAUUGGUUCCAAAUUUCCAAACCCUCGAUAGUGAUGUUCGCCGUCACUGUCAAAAGCAUCACUCUUGUCCUGCUUCCUCCCCUGUAUAUUCUGUUAGAAUUCGUUUAUCGAUACUUCAGAAGGUCGCUCAAGUUUUUGAGAGGUCCUCCCAGGCCUUCCUUGCUCUUUGGAAAUGAACUCGAGCUGACAGUUCAAGAAGAGGUUGGCGUCCUUGAAACCAAAUGGUUCGACGAAUAUGGACUUGCUUUUCGAACGAGUUCUUGCUUCGGUGAAGACACACUCAUGAUUGCAGACCCUCAAGCCUUGCGAUACAUUACCAUGACUUCGGCAUACGGCUAUCCGAAAAGCACAGACUCAGCACAAAUCACGACGUUGCAAUUUGGGCGAGGUAUUCUCUCUAUCGAAGGUGAAAUUCAUAGCCGCCACAGGAAGGUGCUCAAUCCUGCGUUUUCUGUAACCCAGCUCCGACAGUUCCUCAAUCUGUUUCAACGAACAAGUGUUAGAUUGGCAGAUAAGCUGCAAUAUGAAGAGCUGGGCAACGAUGGAAAAGUUGUCAAUGUCACGCAUUGGCUUCCAAGAGCGACGUUGGAUAUCAUUGGUGAAAGUGCGUUUGAUUAUAAGUUCGGAGCACUCGAUGGGGAAGCGAAUGAGCUCUCAGAGAUAUUCAAGCAUAUGUUUGCCGAUGCCCGUCUUUAUCCACAGAAGCGCACUUUACUCUAUCGGGCUUUCAGGCGUUCGGUCAAUACCCCAAUAGCAAAUUUACUGUUGAAAUUUCCUGGAAAACAAGACAAGAAGAUGAUGGAAUUCUCGGUAGCAUCCAAGAGGCUUGCCAGAUCGUUAUUCGACUCCGCUUUGAAAGAAACAAAGCUUGAAGGUGAUACAAAAUCCAGCAAAGACGUUCUUAGCGUCCUUGUACGCUCGAACGUAGCUGAGGAUUCGAAGAAGGCCCUCAGCGAGGAUGAAGUUUUAUCCCAAAUGGCCACCCUCAUUUUAGCUGGACACGAGACGACCGCCUCCACCAUGUCGUGGCUCUUGUACGAAAUAACAAGGAAUCCAAAAGAUCAAGAAAGGUUGUACCAGGAAAUCAGCAAUACCCGCGAACGUGUUGGUCCAGGCAUAAAUUUAACUGCAAAUGAUUAUGAUUCAAUGCCUUUUUUCAAUGCUGUGAUCAAGGAAGGAUUGAGGUUACACCCCAUUGUCCCCAACAUUAGUCGCGAAGCUGGAUCUGAUGACAAUAUUCCUCUGGAAUAUCCAGUCACAUCCGAAUCAGGAGAACGGCUUUCCCAUGUACCAGUCGCCAAAGGCCAAAGAAUUUCGAUCAACAUUGCAAUGUACAAUCGGUUAACUCAGGUAUGGGGCGACGAUGCAAAUAAAUGGAGACCUGAAAGAUUCAUGGAUGAAAAGAAGAAGGAUAUAACAGUCGGAGUGUAUUCUAAUCUAAUGACUUUCAGUAGUGGUGUCCGGGCUUGCAUAGGCUGGCGUUUCGCGCUCAUGGAACUCCAAGCCAUUUUGUUCAGUCUCCUCGAGAGGUUCCAGUUUUUCCCACCUCCGCCGGAUGGAUCUUUCAGAGGGCUGGAUGAUAUACAACGUGUACCAGCUGGCUUGAUGAUCCCAAUGAAAAGAGGUAACUGGAGGCAAGGUGUUCAAAUGCCUCUACUGGUGAAACUCCGUCAACAAUAAUGAAGGAGGAGUUUUCAGUUUUAGCUUGAGUAUGUUAAUGUACAGGGUAGCACAAGAGUUAU